CUUGACACCUUCCCUUGAGUCCAAUCACCACUUCCGCUUCUAUUGAAUGACAACGUAGCGGCCCAGUGAGCAAGAACUACAGCGCGGACGUAGGAGACAGGAAACGCGGCUUCUAAGAGUGCUGGCGCGCGACGGAUAACCGGCGUUGGACGGUACUUCUCGUAGCACGCGGGGGUGAACGAGAAACCAACACCAUGGCAGAGCAGGACGUGGAAAAUGAGCUUCUGGAUUAUGAGGAAGAUGAGGAGCCCCAGGCGCCUGCCGAGAGCACCCCUGUGCUUCCCAAGAAGGACGUGAAGGGCUCCUAUGUCUCCAUCCACAGCUCGGGCUUCCGGGACUUCCUGCUGAAGCCAGAGCUCCUGCGGGCCAUCGUGGACUGUGGCUUCGAGCACCCCUCGGAGGUGCAGCAUGAGUGCAUCCCCCAGGCCAUCCUGGGCAUGGACGUCCUGUGCCAGGCCAAGUCCGGGAUGGGCAAGACGGCGGUCUUCGUGCUGGCCACCCUGCAGCAGAUUGAGCCAGUCAACGGCCAGGUGUCUGUCCUGGUCAUGUGUCACACACGGGAGCUGGCCUUCCAGAUCAGCAAGGAGUACGAGCGCUUCUCCAAGUACAUGCCCAGCGUCAAGGUGUCCGUGUUCUUUGGAGGCCUGUCCAUCAAGAAGGAUGAGGAGGUGCUGAAAAGGAACUGUCCCCAUGUAGUGGUGGGAACCCCGGGUCGCAUCCUGGCCCUUGUGCGGAACAGGAGCCUCAACCUGAAGAACGUGAAGCACUUCGUGCUGGAUGAGUGUGACAAGAUGCUGGAGCAACUGGACAUGCGGCGGGACGUGCAGGAGAUCUUCCGCCUGACGCCACAUGAGAAGCAGUGCAUGAUGUUCAGCGCCACCCUGGGCAAGGAGGUCCGGCCGGUCUGCAGGAAGUUCAUGCAGGACCCCAUGGAGGUGUUCGUGGACGACGAGACCAAGCUCACGCUGCACGGCCUGCAGCAGUACUACGUGAAGCUCAAAGACAGCGAGAAGAACCGCAAGCUCUUCGACCUGCUGGACGUGCUAGAGUUCAAUCAGGUGGUGAUCUUCGUGAAGUCGGUGCAGCGCUGCAUGGCACUGGCCCAGCUCCUGGUGGAGCAGAACUUCCCAGCCAUCGCCAUCCACCGUGGCAUGGCGCAGGAGGAGCGUCUGUCGCGCUACCAGCAGUUCAAGGACUUCCAGCGGCGCAUCCUGGUGGCCACCAACCUGUUUGGACGCGGGAUGGACAUCGAGCGCGUCAACAUAGUCUUCAACUACGACAUGCCGGAGGACUCGGACACUUACCUGCAUCGGGUGGCCCGAGCAGGCCGCUUUGGCACCAAAGGCCUGGCCAUCACGUUCGUGUCCGAUGAGAAUGACGCCAAGAUCCUUAACGAUGUCCAGGACCGCUUUGAGGUGAACGUGGCCGAGCUCCCGGAAGAGAUCGACAUCUCCACAUAUAUUGAGCAGAGCCGGUAACCACGCUCCUGGAAGCCCGUGCCCUCCUGCUGCCCUCCUGCCUGUCCUGCAAUGCCUCAGACAGGCUCUUUUUACUGUUGAAGAGCUGUAGAUUUGUGUAAGAAUACAUUUUUAUUAUGGAA